CAUAUGUCAUUAAUAAUUUUUUAAUGCAUAUUUAAUUUCUCGUAAAUGUUUCAAAAAGUUUUGGGUUUUCUUAGAAUCGCAGAAGGAAAAAAACAAUUCAGUUACGAUGAGCGGUGCUAGUAUUGAACAAGAUAUUGAAACAUAUGGGCUUUCAAUACUUACGAGAUGCACAGACGAUCCAAAAGAUAAAGUAUUUGGUAAACCGUUCAGCAUAGUUCGAGAGUUUUGUAGCCGUGCCCAUAUGCCUGAUUCAAUUGCACAUCGCGCUCAGGAAUACUUUAAAAAGUAUGCUCAAUACUUUAACUUACGAGUUGAAACCAAAUGUAAGUGUUUGGCAGCCAUAUAUAUGGCUGCAAGGGUUGAGUCUGUACCCAGAUCGUAUAGAGAGUUAGCUGUUAUUGGAGGUGUUUCCGCUUACCAGAUCGCUGCAACAGUUAAGAAGUUUCUGCGUACCUUAGAAGUCAAGCAGGGUAACGUCAAUUGCACUGAUUUCAUUAGUCGGUUUGGUUUUCAAUUAGAACUGUCAAGUAAUGUUAUUAGUGCAGCACAUCUCAUUGCGGAAAAUAUUAAAGACUUCAAGAACAUUUACGGAAGGUCGCCAACAUCUAUAGCAGCAACUGCACUCUACUUAGCAGCUCAGAAUGAGGGCUUAAGCUUAACUACAAAAGCGGUAGCAGACAUUAUUGGAAUAUCUUCUACCACAAUAAAUUUGAUAGUUAAAGCUGCACGAGAAGCAGUGACCAAAAAGGCCUCCAAAGUCUUGGGUGAAGUUCUUGAAAAUCAACUCCAAAAUUACAACAAAAAUAAGACUUUAAGUAUAUUCGACGAGUCAAGAUAAGUUUUAAAAUAUUUUCCGGAUUCUGAACUUAUCUUCUACAAUAACACCAUAUACCAGUUUUAAGUACAUAAGCAAAGUACAUAUUCAAUAAUAUCUAACAAUUAUUUGACCAUAACAUACUGUUGACUAUUAUACACCAUUUUUAUUUAUCUUAACAUUGAUUUAAUAAUGUA